AUGUCUGUUCCAACCCACAUUAGCCAGUACGCACAGUACAAGCAGGACACCAACGACGUUGCCGCAUGGCUACUGACCGCCCACCCGGACUUCAAGGGGCCCAAGGGGCCCGGCCGAUUGAAGGGCAGGGCGCGCAGGGCCGCCAGGGAGGAGGCAGAGGCAGGUAACGCAGCACCUCCCCAAGACUCACAAGAAUAUACUCUAACCUUGAACGAGUUUGUAGAGCGGGCGACGGCAAUUGUCGCCAGCCGACACGUCAAGGAGGUGCCGCGGCUGGUGGCUAUCAAACUGCGGCGUUCAAUCGUGCGCCGCCGGUACCAGCUGCGGCACUAUGAGCACGGCGGCGGCGACGCCGACUCAAACGCCAGCCACGCACAUUUCAUCGGCGUGCUGGAGAACGUCGAGAAAGUCCUCAGACCCAUCUUGCCCAAAGAGUUCCGGUCAAAGGCGGGUCAAGCGACGGAAGAGGAUGAUGUCGACGCCGUAGCGGCGGCGCUGGUGAACCGAUUCGAGGCUUUGACGGUCGAAGAUGUCGCGGACGAGGCUCCGGACCGCCACGCAGCAGCUGGCACCCCUCAAGCUCCGCCAAUCGUUGCGGUGAACUGCAAGAUCGCGGAGGAGGAGGCGAUUACCCCGUCUCCCAUAUAUGCGCUGGAGAUGUUGCUGGAGGACCUGUUCUUGGUGACGCAUCACGUGCAGGAGUCGUGGCAGGCGUAUCGGGAGGGACGGAUGACGCUCGAGGCCGCAACGCUGGCGACUGAGAUGGCUCACCACCUCUUCUUCGACACCGAGCAAGAGCUCCGGGUGGCUGGCGGCGUUGAGAAUUGCCCGGACGGUUGGGUAAAUGCGCUGUACCAGAUCUGCGAGGUGCGCCAGAAGGCGCAAGGAAAAGGAGAAACCCAGGGCGACAACUCAGGGUUUCCCCACUUCCUCCAAGACCUUAUCCACAUCUUGGAGUCGCUCUCGGCUGCUUUGUAUGCUAGGCAAGGCAAGGCUCUUUCGGACCUUCUUCGCGUCCCGGUACCAACCUAUGACUGGGACUCAGACGACCGGCGCCUGCUCCUGCAGUUGCUCCUCGACGAGGCGUUAGUCCAGAAUCAGGUAUUCUUGGCUACCCCUGGGGCACGCUCGCUGCCAGAUGCGGACUUGUGUGGGAUCUAUCUGUGCCACGCGUUUAGGACUGGGACCCCUUCGUUGACAGCGCUAUAUCUCAUCAUGUUCUACAUCAAGAUGCGACUGACCAUGGGGUCGGAGGGUGACAAGGCAUGGCCUGAGCUCCGUGACUUCAUGAUGGCCACGAGGCCGCACAUGAGUCAAGCCCGUCAGCGGUACUCGUAUCUCGAGAAUGUCGAUGAGUCACUCCGCAAAAUACUGUAUGGUCACACAUAUUGGCUGCAACAGGCGGAGAUUGUGUUAGACGACGACGGCGCGGACUCCCCUACCACAUCCGCCCGGCUCAACUCGCGUGACUGCGUUCCCUCGCAUCGCCGCGUCUCUUGGUUCCGCUCAAAUCCCUGGCUGUGCGGACGGCUGUUGAUGAUCUACAAGAUCAUCGCCUACUGUGAUGGCUUGUACUGGUCCAAUUCUGCGCCAGCUCCACUCGCAGUAUGCCAUCUUUACCACGCAGCAAAGCGGGAAAAGCUGCUGCCGGAUGGAUGGUCGUGGCCCGGGUUGGAGCGCUUGAUAAGCCGCCACCCGGACAUGUUCUGUGGCCAGCAACGGCCGAAGGCCUGGUACAGCUAUUCCAACUCGCUGGCCCGGGCUCUAGGCGGAGUCGAGUCUGAAAGAACAGACUCUAGAGGAGGCGCGAGAAGAGGCGCCAGACGAAACGCCCGAAGCGGCAUCGUGGGACAGAUGGAAGAUAUCGAUCUGGCCAAGCGAUGGGAAUUCCCGAUGCUCAUUACCACACUUCGGGAAGUCCAAAUCCGCUGGCUAGGGAGGAGGCACAAGUGGACCGCGGACGAGAUCACGCGCGUUAUGCGUGAGUCUAAGCUGUGCCAGAAGUUUGUGAAGUCUACCAUCCGCCAGGGGGCCGAGCCGAAGCUGACUAUGGUUGACGCAUUGAGACGCCUGCGCAAGUGUGUCAAUGCGGAAAUCGCCGUCCUAAAUGAGGAUGCCUGGCUGCAAUAUCACAAUUCCUCGAUCGAGAUUUGCACCAGGAUCUGGACGGAGUUUCCAGCGGUACGCAAGGAGUCAGAGCGAGUUGGUCACACGGACGACGUUGUCUACAUGAUUGUCCAUACGCUCUUGUCAUACCAUGAUCGGGACUUGGUCAAGAAAGCGGCUCGAAUCAUGCAAUCUGUCGUCUCGGGAGUAUGA